AUGAAGCUCUUCCAGAGCAUCAAACAGAAGAUUGGUGAGGAUGCAGAAGAUCAGGCUGCUCCCAAGCCAAAACCAGGUAGAGCGAAGCCGCCAGAGACCAGCUUUCCUUCCCUGCCCAAGCUGCGCGACGAGAUCGCGGCCGACCGGCCAGAGCUCUUCCGGCAGAAGCUGCAGGCAUGCUGCAUCAUCUAUGACUUCAGCUCCGAGAGCAACAUGAAGGCGAAGGAGGCGAAGAGGCAAACUUUGCUGGAGAUCGUCGAACAUGUCAAUAGUAGCCGUGCGGCUUUUAACGACUCCUUGAUCCCGGACAUUGUGAAAAUGCUGGGUGCGAAUAUCUUUCGGGCUUUGCCGCCCAAGGACCGCUCCUUUAUAGUCUUUGGCGAUGAUGAGGAGGAGCCCACCUUGGAGAGGGCUUGGCCCCAUUUGCAGAUUGUCUAUGAGUUCUUCUUGCGCUUCGUGGUCUCCAAUGAGAUCGACCCAAAGGUGGCAAAGGCUUCUUUGAACGCCGAGUUCAUCUCGCAGAUGAUGGAACUCUUUGACUCUGACGACCCGCGCGAGCGGGACUAUUUGAAAACCAUCCUGCACCGGAUCUAUGGCAAGUUUAUGACCUUGCGAGCCUUCAUUCGACGGUCGAUUCAACAAACCUUCUACAAGGUGAUGUACGAAAACGACAUGUACAAUGGAGUAGGUGAGCUGCUGGAAAUUAUGGGCAGCAUCAUCAAUGGCUUUGCACUUCCCUUAAAGGAAGAGCACAAGGACUUUCUGGUGAGAGCUCUCAUUCCGCUUCACAAGUUGAAGUUCCUGAGCAGCUUUCAUCAGCAGCUGUCUUACUGCAUGUCGCAGUAUGUGACCAAGGAUCCCCGCCUCUCACUGCCCAUUGUCUCGGCCAUGCUCCGGUUUUGGCCCACGACGAUCACCUCCAAGCAGGUGCUCUUCCUGAACGAGUUAGAGGAACUCUUGGAGCUUACGAAGCCCCCCGAGUUCAUUGUCAUGCAGGAGCCACUGAUCCAGCGAAUAGCGCAAUGCAUCAUGUGCCCUCACUUCCAGGUGGCGGAGCGCACUCUGUUCCUUUGGAACAACGACUACAUCGUACGCCUCAUAACCUCGAGUCGGAAGGCCUUGUUCCCAGCCAUCAUCGGGGCGCUGUACAUGAACUCGAAGCUGCAUUGGAGCAGUGCUGUUCAUGGACUCACCUUCAAUGUGCUGAAGCUGUUGAUGGAGGCUGAUCCCCAGCUGUUCGAUGAAUGUUCAGCGAAUCACAAGGAAACCUACGACGAGGAGGAGCAGCGUGAAGCUACCAGAAAGCUGCGGUGGGCCACCUUGCAGGAUCUACAUGAGAAGAACUUCCCACAGGUCGUCUCUUAA